AUGCAGACCGAGGUGGAAGCCGAGCUGUGCUUUCCACUGCUCGGCAACACUUCUUGCAGCAAGACUCCAAAUCCUCAGCCCAUCGCCACCUACAUGCUGCUGUCGGCUAUCUCUCUCGUCACUGUCAUUCUCAACCUGCUAGUCAUUAUCUCCAUCUCUCACUUCAAGCAGCUGCAAACCCCCACCAACCUUCAGCUGCUCUCCCUGGCCGCCUCUGACGCAUUAGUGGGUUUUCUAAUGUUAUUUCAGAUUUCGCUGAUUGGUGGUUGUUGGUUCUUUGGUGACCUGAUGUGUAUCGUGUAUUUCAUUGUGGAUCACUCUGUCACAUCCGCCUCUAUAGGAAGCAUGGUGCUCAUAUCAAUCGACCGUUACGUGGCUAUCUGUGACCCUCUACGUUAUACGAUCAAGGUCACAAAAAUCAGGGUUUCUAUCUCAGUUUUAAUAUGCUGGUCAACGUCAUUUUUCUUCAACUGUAUGUGUUUGAUCGACAUACUGAAGCAAUCAGGAAGGUUUAACAAGUGUGUAGGCAGGUGUGUGGUUGUUGUCACGUAUACUGUAGGAAUCACCGACCUCUUCCUUUCCUUCAUAGGCCCGAUCACUGUCAUUGUGGUUCUGUACAUGAAUGUGUUUGCAGUGGUUGUGUCUCAUUCACGAGCCAUGCGUUCUCGCGUGUGGGGCGGCACAUUGCGGGGUGCAACCACCAAGAUUUCUGAACUGAAGGCAGCCAGGACCCUCGGUGUGGUGGUGGUGGUGUUUAUCGCAUGUAUCAUGCCAUAUUUCUGCAUAGCCAUCACAGGCCAGGAUGCUGUGCUUAAUGCAUCAUCUACAGCGUUUAUCAUCUGCUUGUUCUACUUCAACUCCUGUCUAAACCCACUCAUCUAUGCUAUUUUUUAUCCCUGGUUUAGAAGGUCCGUUAAGCUCAUCGUGACCCUGCAGAUUCUGAAACCUGACUCCAGCCAGGUUAAUAUGAUGUAG